AUGUCAACAUACGUUGAAAUUACCCUUUGGGGAGGGCUGCCGCCCCCCUUAAAAGAGGAUGUUGUUGAGGCGGUUGGCACUUUUCUUGCUCAUCCAAGCAUGGCUGAAGGCGCUCCCGCCCAAACGUUCUUUGCCGAAUUAUCCACAUGCCACACCACAAGGCACCUAAUUGAUAAGAUUCGCCUGCACCAGCAUGCCCCUCAGCCUAAUGCUAUCCACCCUCGCCGUCGCUUCAAUCCCUCCGAAUACCAAAUAACGGAGAUAGUUGUAUUGAAGCGGCGUCUUCUCAUUCAGCACGAGGGUUUCGUCUUCCUAGUCCACCACGAACCCCCCGCACAGCAUCCGCAUCCGACUGAACCAGACUUUCUUAUCGCCAUAGACUUAACACACUCCAAUCCAUUCUUUUCAUCCCCAAAGCUUGCUAUCGAUCGCGUUGACUGUUCUCUGUUUCCUGCGGUACCCGGCGUACAACGAAUCGAAGGAACUUUUGGUCGUCCAGUCGUAUGGCGCAUGCCAGACCCUGACCGUGACGAUUACGUAUUCAACAUGACCCUGUUUGAAGUCGGUAACUUGCUCGACGCAGUUUUGUUUUCGUACCCGCAGGAGCAGUACAACGCGCUAUACAAGAACUGCUUUUCGCACUCACACAUCUUACGGACUGUCAUCAUACGCAUCAUCCAGGAGCAGCAACCAGGCAUAGUAGUUGCUGCACAAGAACCAAAUGAGUUUGGUGUUACAGUUGGAACCUGUUUUGGCAUCUGCUUGGACAGGGACCAAGGGGAAGAGGCGGUUGUUUUCAGAAACUAUCAGGGCUUGCUCUUGCCUUGAAACAUAUGUUGGAAUUGACAGUACGCUGGUCAUAGUACGCGAUAAUAUGGCAAUUGCUCGUUUGUUACAUCUGUCAAUGUCAUACGUCUAGACUAUUAAUGCAGAUAUUCAUAAGCGAGAAUAUAGCGCAUAUAUGGCU